AUGGGCAAGCCCUGUCCACCACCGGGGACGGCGCCCACGCCAGCCGUGCGAUGGCGAGCGAUCGCUGUCGCGUGCGCAAGCCUGUGUCUGCUCACCCACCUGCACCUCGUCGCCUGCCAGACUGCCACCGGCGGCGGCAGUAGAGGCGGCGGCGGCGGCGGCGCGUCGCUGAACUACACGGACGCGCUGGUGAAGUCGAUCCUCUUCUUCGACGCGCAGCGGUCGGGUCGCAUCAGCGGAGCCGGCGCGCGCAUGCCCACGAGCGUCGCAUGGCGCAACAACUCGGGCCUCGGCGACGGCGCGGCGCAGAUGGUGGAUCUGGAGGGCGGGUACUACGAGGGCGGCAGCAACGUCAAGUACGGGCUGCCCGCCGCCUUCGCCACCACCAUGCUCGCCUGGAGCCUCAUCGACUUCCGCCGCCACCUCGAGGCGGCCGGCGGCGCCGCGCAGCUGGCGGCGGCGCGCAACGCGCUGCGGUGGUCGACGGACUACCUGGUGAAGGCGCACACGGGGAUGAACGAGCUGUGGGCGCAGGUGAGGGGGGGGAGAGGAGAGGGAGAGAGGGAGGGGGAAGAGGAGGGGGGGAGUGAGGCGGGUCCGCCAACGACUGAGGAUUUUACCAGUGGUUGGCUUCAAGGCGCUGCGUUGUUGUCUGAGCGGCACGCUCUGCUGGUGGGAGACCCGGUGGCGGAGAGCGCGUGCUGGCAGCGGCCGGAGGACAUGAGCACGGCGCGCACGGCGUACCGCGUCAACGCCUCGCACCCGGGAUCAGACCUCGCCGCGGAAACCGCCGCCGCCCUCGCUGCCGCGUCGCUGGCGCUGAGGCCCGUGGACGGCAGCUACGCCAGCACGCUGCUGGGCCACGCGGAACAGCUGUUCGUGUUCGCGGACACGUAUCGCGGCAGCUACAGCGACGCGGUGCCGCAGGCGAGGCGCUUCUCCACGAGCGGCGAGGGCAGCAGCUACCAGGACGAGCUGGCGUGGGCGGCGGUGUGGCUGCACCGCGCCACGGGGUACGCCGUGUAUGUGGACUACCUGGCGGCCAACGACGCGUGGAUAGGCGGCUCGGAGCAGCUGCAGCUGGAGAUGAGCUGGCAGCACAAGCUGCCCGGCGCGCAAGUGCUCAUCGCGCAGGUCGCUCCCACGCCCACCCCGGCCUUCGCUCCACUCCUGCCGCUUCCCUACCCCACUUCCCCCUACCUGCUCCCCCCUCCGUGCCCGCAGAUGAUGCUGCAAGGCGUGCCCGCGGCGCUCUCGGCCAGCGUGGCGACCAUGGCGGUGCUGGAGGGGUACCGCGGCAUGGCGGACCUCUUCGUGUGCGCGCACAUGCCCGCCAACCCCCUGCGCGCCGUCUACACCACGCCCGGGGGGCUGCUGCACGUGCGCGCCAGCAACGCGCAGCUCGCGCUCGCCGCCGCGUUCCUGCUCGCGCUGCACUCGGACUCGCUCGCGGGCAGUGGGCAGGCAGUGCAGUGCGAGGGAGUGACGUUCAAGCCGCCCGCCAUCCUGGCCUUCGCCCAGUCGCAGGUGACACAUGCACGGCGCCCCACAGUGGCUCCCAUCUCCCACGCUGAUCGCCACAUGCACCUGUCAAGCUGUGCCGUUUGCACCGCCUCCCACUCCGGCCCAUGCGCUACUGCUGCAACUGUGGACUACCUGCUGGGGAACAACCCCCUGGGCCUCUCCUUCAUGCUCGGCUUCGGCUCCUCCUUCCCCCUGCGACUGCACCACCGCGCGGCGUCCAUCGUGUCAUUCAACGUGAACAGCACGCAGGUCACGUGUGAGGGCGGCGUGGCGGAGUGGCUCAACCGCGACGCCGCCAACCCCAACGUGCUCGUGGGCGCCAUCGUGGGCGGGCCCGAUGCGGUGAGUGCAGCCCACGUGGGGCAGCGUGCAAGCGCCCAGAGCGAUGCGUUCCAGGACUCGCGGGUGCUGCCGUCCUUCACAGAGCCAUCCGCCUGCGCCAACGCACCCGCCGUCGGCCUCCUCGCCAGACUCGCUGCUGGCGCCCUGCCCCCCGCACCCCCUCCACCACCCUUCCCCCCUGCACCCCCCUCCCCCCCUCCACGCCCACCCGCCUCCCCGCCUCCUCUCUGUUCCGCAUCCUCCUUCUUCUGCCCGUCGCCCCCUCCUGUCGCUCCCACACCCCCAUCGGGUGCUACUGUGGACCCAGCAGCGCUGGUGACGGUGGCGUGUGAGGUGACGGGCGGGUGGGAGCAGUACGGCGAGCAGCAGAGCCGGUGGUCGUGCCAGGUGGCCAACACGGGCAGCCCCUUCCCCGUGCGCGACUUCCACCUGCGCUGCCAUGACUUUGAGCCCUCACAGGCGUGGAACAUGGACGCGCUCUCCUGCCAGCUGCCCUGGUGGGCCACACAGCUCGCCCCCAACGAGUCCAUCUCCUUUGGCUUUGUGCAGUCCGCUGCUGUCGUCCCCGCCUUCACUGUCCACUCCCUCGUCUCACUCGCCCCGCCUCCACCACCCUCCCCCCCUCCCUCCCCCCCUACCCCGCCCAAUCCUCCUCCCAGGCCUCCCCCCAGUCCUCCCCCCAGAACUCCUCCCAAUCCGCCCCCUAAACCUCCUCCCAGUCCUCCCCCUAAACCUCCCCCCAAUUCUCCCCCCAGACCUCCCCCCAAUCCUCCCCCCCGACCUCCCCCCAAUCCACCUCCCUCACCCCCGCCCCGUCCCCCAUCCCCACCACCUGUGCCUCCCCCUAGCCCCCCAUCACCUCCCCGUCAACCCCCCUCUCCUCCCCCUCAGCCCCCACCCUCUCCACCUCAGCCCUCUUCCCCUCCCCCUAAACCGCCGUCACCUCCCCCCAAGCCCCCAUCCCCUCCCCCCAAGCCCCCAUCCCCUCCCCCCAGGCCCCCAUCCCCUCCCCCUAAGCCUCCAUCCCCUCCUCCUCGCCCCCCCAGCCCUCCCCCCAAGCCCUCCCCUCCUCCAAAGCCCCCUCCGUCUCCCCCGAAGCCCCCUUCCCCACCCCCGCGCCCACCGCCACCACAAGCAGCAAAGCCACCGCCCUCCCCUCCUCCUCGGCCCCCACCCAGUCCGCCUAAGCCUCCCCCAAGGCCUCCUCGCCCCCCUCCUAAACCCCCUCGCCCCCCUCCUAAACCCCCUCGCCCCCCACCCCCCCCACCCCCAAAGCUUUCAAGCGCGCAAGGGGGGAGCAGCCCCAAAGCACCAAAAUCCGGUGAGGAGAAGGUGAAGCCGCCUCCGAAGAAAGGCAAGAGGAAGAGUCCCCCACCCCCACACAGCAACGCCAGCAAGCACCCACCCCCGCCUAAAAGCAGCAAGCCCAAGAAGAACCCUCCCCCAGGUGGUUCCAAGAAGGAUGGAGCGAAGAGGAGGCGCCCGCCCCCUCCCCCUCCGCUCAAGAGCACUAGAAUGAAGCAGAAGCUUCCACCUCCUCCACCACCAUCUCCUGUGAAAAAGCCCGCUCGAUAA